AGCUACUACACUUGUAGUUGCAGACAUCAUUUACCAUUGCAUAAACUGUAAUACCUUCUUAAUAAAUCUGUGUUUGUCCUUGACCCUCUCUUAACCUGUUCAGUACUAACUUUAAAAGUCAAAGAGCUGAGCAUUUACACAAGGUUAUUUUAGUAUACCCCCCAGACAGAGCAGAGAAGUCACAGAAUUUAUAGGAACAGGUUUCUUGGCUCAUUUAAUAUCUCGUGGGCAACAGAUAUUGGAACAUGUGACAGAAAACAAAACAAACAACAAAAGAAAGCUCGUGUCUGUCUUUGGUCCCAAGUUCCUAACAGCUAGCUUCCUGCACUAUUUAGGGCAAGUCCUUACCACAGCCUCCUUACCUGUCCCACAUAAUUCCUGACUCAAGACUUUUACUCCUAAUGUUCCAUUAGGAACAAUUUCCCCCAGAUGUCUUCAUGUUUUCAUCGCUUCCGAAAUAUGCUUCAUCUAUGCAAACAGCCUCCCCCACUCCCACUUUUGAUUCACUAUUUACUACCUACUGGGUAUUUCUUCUCGCCUCCUUUUGCUUGAACACAGGGGACCUCAUUUUCUUUACUACUGUAUGUUCAGUUCUUAGAACAGCGACAGAGCAGUCACCCACCAAUACAUAUUUUUACAUGCUGCAAUAAAAAGUAGCUGCUCUUGGCUGUGAGGCUGGGGUUGUCUCUGGAAGAGGACUUUCAUUACUUUUGAGAGCCUCAGUAUUAGGUAGAGGCCUCGCUGACCAGGUUUCUGUUCCUGCUAACUGAGGCCUUGCCCAAGUUCCACAGGAUCGCUUGUCAUUGGUUGAACUCUCCAAGUCCGUCCUGCCAUCCAAUAAUAGUGAUGUCUGGAGGCCAGGGCACCUGCAAAUCAGCUCUAGGGCACAGAGAUGCCGAGACCUCCGGUUGCCUAGAAGGGCCAUAGGGACGGAGGGGCGGGUCGGCUGGACGACUCAGUCUCGGGGUACAGAGAUGCGGAGACCUCCCAGUGCCUAGAAGGGCCGCAGGCGCAAGGAAGGGGAGCAAAUCACAGCUGCAGUUCGCAGGCUUUGUUCCGAGGACUGUGUGUGGUUCGGUGAGGAUCCGCGGCAGCCAGCUGAACACCGGGCUCCAGGAGCGAGGUGCAUGCUGCCUCCCUAGGUCCUGCGGGUGCCUGCCUUUGUCCAGCAUCUCCUCUGCAUGUUGGAAGAGUGACGGGACCCGCCAAGGCUAUCCGGGUUCAGGUCGCUCCAGGACUACCUAACCACGGAGUGUUUGGCUGCCUUCGCCAGUCCAAACCCAGCUGUGUCACCAGUGAGGACACUGGGGUCGGGAGAAGUGGGUGCCAACACUCAUAUCACAGCCUAGUGUGAGGAUCAGAGGACGUCUCUCCAUCCACUGUGGGAAGUGAUUGAACUAAGGUCAUAUUUAGUGAUUCAGAGCCUGUCAAGAACUUCUGCACUUAACCCGAGGAAGCAAUCAGGCAGAAUUUCUGCUGGGCAGAUCCUUUGGAGUGAAGCUCCUGUGCACAAUGAUGAGGUUCUCUGCCUUUGAACACUUGCCCUUCUACACGAGACCCUGUGAUCUACUACAUCUUGUCUUCGUUGAAUAAUUCUUACCCUGUUGCUGACAAACUGGGACCUGUACACUUUCUCUUUCUCCUGUCGGAUGGUGAAAUAAACUGAGGAGGUAUUGAUUCUAAAGCGUCAUUCCUGAAAAAUCAGAAUCACAUUUUACCUUGGGGAAUUCCACAUAAGUGUUGCCACAGAAGUAAAAGAUUAAAAGGAAAAGAUGAGACUAGAAGAGCUACUGGAAUGCCCCCAGCGUGAGAAGAUGAGGAGAAAGAUGAGAAAGCUCAAACGUAAGGCAUUUGAAGAUAGUAAAUCACCCACAGAAGGGAGUGGCCAAGAAUGUGAAGAUGAUAGUAGUCAGUGCUGUGACUCUCCAACACACGAGAGAGGUCUUGGUGCAAAGAGACAGUAUGUGUGUACUGAGUGUGGAAAAGCCUUUAGUCAGAGUGCCAACCUCACUGUGCAUGAGCGAAUCCACACAGGAGAGAAGCCUUAUAAGUGUAAGGAAUGUGGGAAAGCCUUCAGUCAUAGCUCCAACCUUGUGGUCCAUCGGAGGAUUCACACAGGACUGAAGCCAUACACAUGUAGUGAGUGUGGGAAAUGUUUCAGUGGUAAGUCACAUCUCAUCCGGCACCAGGAAAUCCACAGCGGAGAGAAAACAUAUGAAUGUAAAGAGUGUGGGAAAGCCUUUAGUCGGAGUUCAGGACUUAUUUCUCAUCACAGAGUUCACACUGGCGAGAAGCCCUACACUUGUAUUGAGUGUGGGAAAGCAUUUAGCAGGAGUUCAAACCUUACUCAACAUCAGAGAAUGCACAAAGGAAAAAAGAUUUACAAAUGUAAAGAGUGUGGGAAAACAUGUGGUUCUAAUACAAAGAUUAUGGACCAUCAGAGAAUUCACAGUGGAGAGAAGCCCUAUGAGUGUGAUGAGUGUGGAAAAGCAUUCAUCUUGAAGAAGGCUCUUAAUGAACACCAGAGACUUCAUCGUAGAGAGAAACCUUAUAAAUGUAAUGAGUGUGGGAAAGCUUUUACUUCUAAUCGAAACCUUAUUGAUCAUCAGAGAGUUCACACUGGAGAGAAGCCUUAUAAAUGUAAUGAAUGUGGAAAAACCUUCAGACAGACUUCUCAAGUUAUUCUACAUUUGAGAACCCAUACUAAAGAGAAACCCUAUAAAUGCAGUGAGUGUGGGAAAGCCUAUCGCUAUAGCUCACAACUUAUUCAACAUCAAAGAAAACAUAACGAAGAGAAAGAAACCUUAUUGUUUGUGGGCCAGGUGUGAUGGCACAUGCCUUUCAUCCCAGCAUUUAGGAGGCAGAGACAGGGAGAUCCCUGUGAGUUCUAGAACAGUUAAGGCCACACAGUGAGACCCCUGUCUUAGAAAAAAAGGAAAAUUGGCUCUAAGGCUAAUUGCUACUUUUCUGAAAAUUAGAUUUUUAGUAACAUUAAAUUUAAUUCUGCUUCUAAGAAUCCAUACAGGGAAAAUAAUAAGUGCUAAAGUUUAGCAAAAGGGAUAUUCGUGCCAGCAUUAUAUAUAACUGAAAGGGAGAAAAAAACUACCAUAGAUUAUUUCAUGUGCGGGAUGAAACAAAUGAUACAUCUAUUCAGAGUAUACCUCUGAAGCCAGUCUGUUUUUAAAGAAUUUUUAAUGUGUGCCAUGGGGGAAAUUUUGAAGAAAAUGGAAAAUGAAAGAAUAAAGUACCCAGAUAAAAUAUUUAUGCCUAGGAAAAAUGGGGAAAGUGAAGAGGGCCAGACCUAAAUUUCAGCAAUGGUUAUCUCUGUUAAUAAGUUGUAGGGGAUUUCUAUUUUCUCCUGUGUACUUUUCUAGACUUUCUAGAUUUUUUACAAUGAGAGUGUUACUUUUAUAUUUAAGAAAACAGUAUAUUUUAAAUAUAAUGAAUACGUUCUCAUUUUUAUUCAGUGGUGGUAGGGAAAGUGCCUAUUAUGUAGUCUUAAAAAGCUUGGGAUUCACCCUAAUACUGGCACUCCACUUCUUACUAGUAAAACCAGUGCAGUUUUAAAGUAAGUUGACUCUAUGAUCACUGUUAGGUUAACAGAACACAGCAAAAGACAUUAGUUCACCUUCUCUUUCUGCAUAGUAGAAUGAUCAUACAUGAUGGACAGCUACCCUUCCAGCAAAUAUCUAGACAAUUAAGAAAAAUUUUUUUUCUUUUAAUGAACUAGAGGAAUUGUAGGCUCAAAAAAUAGGAAGUGGAGAAUUUUGCCUUCAUCAUGUUAUUUGGGGCUGAGUGGGUGAAAUACAGUUAGAUUGAGAGAGCUGUGUCCUGAUCCACUUGCUGAAAACCAGCUUAACUACUUUGGACAAAUGACUUCACUACUCAGAUUUCUGGUUUACCUCAAAGGGGUGCUGUGAGGAUUAAGUGAGAUGAUGCCAGCGAUGUAUGCCAAGACUGGUACAUGGCAGAAACAAACAGCUCCAGUGAAAGUUACUGGAGCCAUAUUUCUAAACACUCCCAAAAGAAAAUAACUUAAGAGAUAUUUAGCAUUUAGCAUAUUUUCAGGUGUAAUUAACAGGAUUCCAAGUAAUAAUAACUUUCAUCUGUAAAACGUCAUUGUUUCUGAAGAGGUCAUCUAGAAUUAAGCAGCUCAUCCUUUGUUUUUGUAACUCAGCAGUUCAUCAGACUUGCAAUAACUCCAUACAUUCUUCAUCAAAUUGCUUUUCUUGUUCAUUAUCUCAUGGUUUCAAGCCACUGGCCACAGCUGCAUUCUUCUUCACACAGCUUCCCCAAAGAUAGGACUGGCCGGGCGGUGGUGGCGCACGCCUUUAAUCCCAGCACUUGGGAGGCAGAGGCAGGCGGAUCUUUGUGAG